AUGAGCCUCGAGGCCUCUGUUUGUUCUGAAGCAUUAAAUUACACCUCAGCUUCACACUUUGACAAUGAGCCAAUAACUCGGGGAAAAGAGAUCGGACUCUGGAUGCCGAGGGCUGCCCCGCAGAAAGUGGUGGCCAUGAGAUCCUGAGCCAGCGGCUGCAGCGUCUCUCACCGACCAUGCCCUGGACACGGCGGCAUUCACACGUGGUGCCGCCCGAGGGAAGUCGCAGCCACUUGUGCCUCCGUAGAUUUGCCUCCUAUGCCCACGACUGAGCCUCGCAGGAUUUCAUUCGAAGGUCCAGACUCAUGGAGAAGUACGAGAAGAUCGGUAAAAUAGGAGAAGGUUCCUAUGGAGUCGUCUUUAAAUGCAGGAAUAGGGACACCGGGCAGAUCGUGGCAAUAAAGAAGUUCUUAGAGUCAGAAGAUGACCCAGUGAUUAAGAAAAUCGCCUUACGGGAGAUCCGCAUGCUUAAGCAAUUAAAGCACCCCAACCUCGUCAACCUCCUGGAGGUUUUUAGGCGGAAGAGGAAAUUACAUUUAGUCUUUGAAUAUUGUGACCACACCGUCCUCCAUGAACUGGAUCGACAUCCACGAGGGUAAGUGCAG